UCAAAGGUAAGUCGCAUAGAAAGUCCCAAAAGAAGAUCCUCCACCGCUUAUCGAAGAUCUGGUCCGCCUCUGGUGUGAAGGGAGGGAGAGAUGGCAGAAGACAAGGAAGCUACGACGAGUUCACUGAGUCAAGGACUCGCUCCUCAAGACCCUGAAGAUCCUCCCAAGUCUCCUCCCAACUCUCCCAAUUCUUCUACUCGCAAGGCUUGCUAUGCUGUUCUUCAGAGUUGGGUGUCCAAGAAGUUUAUGACUGGCUUUGUCGUCCUAUUUCCUGUUGCUGUUACAUUCCUCAUCACCUGGUGGUUUAUCCAGUUCGUUGAUGGUUUCUUCAGUCCCAUAUACGAGAGCCUUGGUGUUGACAUCUUUGGACUUGGGUUCAUUACAUCUGUACUUUUCACUUUCUUUGUCGGAAUAUUUGCGUCCUCGUGGCUUGGCUCUACGGUUUUCUGGCUUGGGGAGCAGUUUAUAAGGAGAAUGCCCUUUGUGAGGCACCUUUAUUCAGCUUCCAAACAAGUUAGCACUGCUAUUUCUCCCGACCAAAACACAACCGCCUUUAAAGAGGUAGCAAUCAUCCGUCACCCUCGCAUUGGUGAAUAUGCCUUUGGAUUUAUCACAUCAUCGGUGACACUUCAGACGGACCAGGGAGAAGAGGAGUUGUGUAGUGUGUAUGUGCCUACGAAUCAUCUGUACAUAGGAGAUAUAUUUCUGGUGAACAGUGAAGAAAUCAUUAGGCCAAAUUUAUCGAUCCGAGAAGGAAUAGAGAUUAUAGUAUCGGUGGGGAUGACGAUGCCGCAAGUGAUAUCUCAUGUGGACAGGACAAAGAGUAGAACUUCUCACCAACAAAGUCAUAGGAUUCCUCUCAACAGACUUUGAUUAAUAGCUCUAUUCAUCUUGUAAAGAUACUUCCCACACGUUGUGCUCACUCAGGAAUUAUUACUAUUACACUUGUUUUAUCCGUAGUUUACUAUGUUGCUCGGAUUUGUAUUAUAUUUCUUCAGUCAUAUUAAAAUGCUAGUACCUUGAGGCACUA